GCCACUUCAGCAGAGUGAGGGAGGGAGUGCAUGUGAAUUAGCUGCUCUCCCUUAAGAUACAGAACACAGCCUCUACACUGCCUCUGAUCUGCUGCUGGAGGGAGGGAGAGAGGGAGAGAGAGAGAGAGAGAGAGAGAGAGAGAGAGAGAGACAGAGGGGGUUAUGAAGUGAAGCAAAGAAGAGGAGAGAGGAGUAUGCAGUGUAAACUAGAAUAGAAGCUGAAAAACAGAGCAGUAAACACAGAGAAAGAGGUUCAGGGAUUUGUAGUUGUGGAAUAACCGGCUCAGUGUGGAGAGAGAGAGGAGCUGAAGGCCCUGUAUACUCUACAGUAUUCCAGGAGUGUGUGAGUCUGCCCUGCAGAGUUAACGUGUGUGUUGACUCAGGGUCAUGUCGUGGUUCAUGUGGAGUGAGCCUCAGUACCGGCGGCCCCGGCGCGAACCCUCAGAGGUGGUGACAGACACACUGAUGCUGGAGCUCAGCUGGCAGCUGAAGGAGGCCCAGCGGCUGCAGCGUGAGCGGGACAACCAGUACCGCAGGAUGAACACUGGUGUUGACUACAGCUGGCUUAUGAGCACGCCCCGCAUCACCUACGACAUCAGCCAGGCAGAGAGGCUCGGCCUGGAGCAGCUGUGUGGCAAAGUGCAGCCAUCAUACUGUGGGGCACUUAUACUCAGGUUUCGGCAGGUGUUGAUGGAGAACGAGCCAGAGGUGCAGGAGGUUUCUGGACUGUUCCGCUCCGUUCUUCUAGAGGCUUUGGACCGGAUGCAGGCAGAGCAGGAGGCACAGCGUUUAUCCCGUCAGUGGAACAACAAGCGCUCCAUCAGCAUGUCCCUCCUCAACUUUAAGUCACGUGUGCGCAUCAACCCGUUUGGCAGCUCUGUAGGUCUGACUGCCAGCAAUUAUGGCUCAGAGGAGAGUGCUGGAGAACUUCAGACUGUGUCUCAGGAUGUGGAGAAGGGCCUGCAGUACUCAGACAGGGCACAGCGUUUCUGGAGCAUGCCCGACUUCAGACAAAAAGGCAUCAAUGGAAACGUUUAAAAGGGCAUUCGACUGGGAGACUCCAAAAUAUGACUCCACUACAGAGGAUCUGGUGUUUCCUACUACAGCGAUGAAACACAUCUACAAUUUCAGACAAUAGUUCAGCUAAGAAUCAAAUAACUCAUUUUUUUCUGUUUCUCGUAAUGUAGACAUGUUUGCUGUCUCAGUUUUCUUUUUCUCCGUUUUACACUGGAGCUCUGAGGCUAAUGUAGCUAACAAGGACUGUCCCUACUAACAGCACAGCCAAAUAAUCACAUUCACAUGCUUAAAAAAAUAUAUAAGUUGGCUAGGUAACACCAUUUGUUGGUCAUUAUCAUUUUAUCAAAUUGUCUACAUUUACCUUUGACACAUGUUUCAUUACCUUUUAGGUGAUCUACUUGCAUUUGAGAGAAAAAAAUGUGGAUAGUGGAUAGUGCUGUGUUGCACGAUUUAAUGAGACACAAAUAAAUGCAGGUGAUAAACUGUAUAAUACUACGGCUUUUACUACUGUUGAUAUUCAGUGCAUCCUUGAUUUUGAACUCGAGUUUGGUAAGACUUUCCUGACCUGGGGGUGUGUUCUAGUUGACAUUUCCUACUUGGCACUGUGAAAUCAUCAUCAUGAUAAUGAGCGGAGAAAAACAUAUUAGAAAAGUUACUUUAGCCUCAUUCCACUGCAUUACAUUAUAAAGCAACAUUACUUAAUUGUUAGCUACAUUCGCUACAUAAACCCUGUCUAGAGCAAAACUAAAGAUACAAAUUCAACUAUUGCUUUAUGCUUAGUUGUAAACAUGGCAGUGUAUAAACCAUAUAGCCAUUAACAUCAGUGUUUCAGUGAAUACAGAUACAACAAAACCAGUAUAUAGAAAGGUUUUCUUUAAACAUUGCACCUAUACUUGCAGAAAUGAUCAUCCACAGUGAGGCAAAGGUCCUACAAACAGAAACCUUGUGCAAUAUAUUAUAAAAGCUAAGCAAUGAUUUUUUUUCCUCUUUAAACUGCGUAUGUAUAAACAUGUACAUUACUACAUUUAUGUAUAAAAUACAGGCCUAAUCAUUUUUGAGUGUGUUUGUAUAUCAGAGAUAUUUCAUAUAUUAUGUACCUUAUAACUGCAGUGUGUGAAUUUAUAUUAAAUGAUAUAAUUAAAAGGUGAAUGUCUCUUUUUAAAACUAACUGUGAAAAAUACACAGAAGAGAAACAACCACAAGAAACUAUUAAUAAGAUUAAAUAGUACAAGGUAGGGCUUUCUGUGUGUGUUUCAAUAUGAAAAAUCAUCUGCCCAAAACAGGGCCACGUCUGCAAUUCAUUUCUACUAAUAAUCAAACUCUAAUGAAUGUCUGAAACACAUUUAGGAUGUGAGAAACAACAGGCCAUCUAAUCAGAACUGAUCCUCAAUUAUCUUCAUCAGAAGCCAGACACUCAGCAGCACAGAAGAGAAAGAGCAUCACAGCACUUCCAUUAGUGUACUGACACAGACACCGUUUUGUGUUUUGAUCAGAUGAUCACAGAUGUGCAUAUAUCUUAUACAUACAGUAAAACAGCUGUACUAGAAUAGCGUCACUCAUAAAAACUAUAUGAAAAACCAUUUAAGUAGGCAAAUCCAUGAUCCAACCCUUUUAUGUCAUCAAUUUUUGCAUACACCAUGAACACAAAGUCAGACAAGAAAGCUGAGCAUUGCACUUAUUACUAAUCUCACACAUGCAUAUCCAGCAUGAAUCCACUGUAUGUAACUGUUACAGUCCCACAGUAAUAAUUAUACCAGUCAGUAUGAAUCUGCAGUUUGUGUAAUUGUCAGUCUGAUAAAAUAAUAGCAUUUAAGUGGUUUCAAUCCAGUAUGAAUUUACAGCAUUAGCACUGUAACAUUAAUAACUGUUGAUUGAAUUUAAACAGUAUGAAUCGGAAGUGAAGCGAGUUUAGUUCUUGAUGACUGACAAUAAUAACAGUAAUCUUGUUCUGAUCCACAGCUUGAGAAUAUAAAAACAACCUGCACAAAACUAUACAAAAAUGUCUCUGAAAUGUCUGAUCAUAACUUUGACAGCAAAUUACACUAAUCCAUUUAUCUCAGCAAUAUGAUUGUUUUUACCUGAAAAAAGCACCACAUAUGAUUUGAACAGGUGCAAAUAAACUUACAUACAGUAAAACAUGACAGGGAAUUCUCAUUUUUAACUAAGUAUGUUAUAUCCUGUGAGCCAAGCGGAAGAAAGCGUAUAUCCAGAUUUCUCCUGGAUGCUCCUUAGCCAGCAUGUGUAUAUGUUCAGUUCCCUCAGCAGCUCACCUGAUUUACCAAAUUUACCAAACCAGGUGUUUAUUAAUAUGAUGAGAACUAGAAAUAACUCUAUUAAACUCAGAUGAGGAGAGAUUAGGAGCUGUUUUAGCCUGCUUUGUGUAAAAUUGCUGUUUGUAUUUAUUGUAAUGCUGGUGUUUUACUGAGCUAAACACUUACUUCACAGAUAAGAAGCGUAAUCUUUACAGAAAUUCCCACAGGUGCCUAAUACAUUUGCACUAUACUGUAUAUAAAUGAUAUGUGUGGCGUGAGGAGGUGGGGGAGUUGUGGGUCUGCCCCACGCCAGAUCGCAAAGCCAUGCCUGUCUCAGCUGGCCCGCAUGAGGGCUGAUUGAGCCGCCAGUUGAGACAGGCAUAUAUACUCAGCCACCGCCAUCAUUAGGGAGGACUUUGACUGGGGAGCUGAGGGCUGAGGCUGCACGGACUCGUAUUUAGCCUUUAAAGUAAAACUAAGUAAUUCUACAGACUCUAGAGCCCCAUUGGGCUGAGUUAUGUUUUGAGUUGUUUUUGGGUGUGGUGGAGGGCAUUUAAAAUAAAAGGUAUGAUUUGAGUUCAUUUAC